UGCUCACUGCUCACUGCUCACUGCUCACUGCUGGGCUCUUGGUAAUGUUUUCUAUCCGCUCUCUCGGUCCACCAGAAUUCCUUUCGCAUCUCUUUCUUUCCCUUCCUUUCCCUCUCAAACGCCUUUGCUUCCUCUUCCCCUCGUCCUCCUCAACUCUCCUCCGCCUUCUCGCUAAUCAUGACUUCAAGGCCUGUGUCCCGCUCCCGGAUUCUGUCCCUUCCCGGCUUCCCGUUCCAUCUGUCUUCGCCUCUCCCUCUUUGAUAAAACGACCUAUACCCGCAGACUGGCUGGCCGACGCAUACAUAUCUGCCCAGGAUCUCCGGGUACAUAGUACUUCCCUUGUACAUCAUCGGCCGAGGCCAUUCUUCCCCCGUCGCCCUCCUAAUUCCGCUCUACAACAGCCGUGCUCAUACCUACAACCCCCUUAAUUCUUGGCUCAGAAUCCGGUUCCCACAAAAAAAAUAAGUCUCGUUGCAUUUUCUGGCGCCUCAUUUGCUUUGGCGGUGUGGAUGCAGCGCCCAAAACACAUCACCUUGACCACUGGCCCCUGAGUGGCCCUGUCGCAUAAUCGCACUCGAUCCAGCAACUCUACAGGGUGCAAAUCUCGUACCGGACUCAUCUUGGGCAACCGAACCCAAGCAAACCAGUGCCUCUCCGCCCACCUUCACAAGUCGACACAUUCAGCGUCGACCUGCGCUCUGAGGCAUGUUUGCGACACUGCACCACAAUCACUUUCAGGCCACCAUAUCGAGCAACUAUCCGAUAUCAAAAUCUUCGUUCAGGCGUUGACUUUCACACCUACGCAGAGACCAACAGGGUUUUUUUUCUCCCUUUUUUGACUUCGCCCACAGGCCUAACGCUUGGUCGAUUCGAGGGACAGAAGCUGUUAUGUGCCCUUUGGUUGGUUUGCGAUAGUAUCAGAGAUUUGGUCGCACAUCAUCACUAUUUAAUCCUGCUUCGUUGACAGCCUUUCGUCGUCUUGCCCAGUUAUCGGCCCGACAAGCGCAUCCCCGAAAGCAGUCACAUUGGAUCUCACGAAUCAUGACGAGCUAGUCAAGCGCUCCAAACCGUCUUCGAUGAAUUUUCAAGCCAACUAGUGUCUCAUUGUACGACACGGUACCUUCGACAUGGAGGCCAUUGUCGAAGCUCUUGAGCAGCUAUUGCCCAAGGGCAUUGUCUUCGACUCACCUACCAUCUAUGCCGAAGUCGCCAAAUUACCAGUCGUGCCACUUGAGGAUAUUCAUCGCCACUGGAAGACAUAUACCAGAACGCACAAAAGUCUGCACGAUCCCACUGCCUGUCGCCUCGAGAACUUUUGGUGGCAUGUCUGGGGAAGCAACAGGAGAAAUCUCAGCGGCAAGACCCUCGCACGUAUAUGGGAGCAGAUCGCUUCCGGGCCAACCUUCGUUCCACUAAGAGGGCCACCAAACCGUUGGGAACCACCCCCCAAGCCUACACGGAGUAUGCAUGAGUCUGACUCGGCACAACCAGUCCAAGUCCAUGCCGUAGGUAGCCAGACAUCCGAGACACAGACGAGCAUCGGAAAGGGGGCAAUCUAUGGAUUGACACCGUCCUCGUCGAGACCCCCGCCAGCACACACAAUUUUGAAGAAGCCUAGAGGGCCUUCAACUUCUGGCCCGAGACCGACUGCCCGAUUCGUUGAUGUCCCAGAUUCAGAGGACGAAACGCCGCAGCAAGACGGAGGAGACAGUGCCGGCAUUUCGACCAAGAAAAAAACCGACGUUCGUGCAUCAUCUAGCUCCAUCUCACCGGCAAAGGUCGAUAGGAAGACCGCGCCCAAAAAGUUUGUGGCGUCGUCUGCUGCGUCGAAGAGACGACCCGUCUUGCCAAGAAGACAGAGCUCGCAAUCGUCGACCGGUUCUGCGACUGCUUCUGACCCUAGUCCACGGGAUGCAGCUUCUGCGUCGAGAAACUUUUCUAGCCAACAGUCGUCCAACUUGAGUAGCAGAGACUCUAGCCCAUCAAAACGACAGAACGGCUCGGGCCUGCCGUCACACACGGCAGGGUUGGCAUCUCGCUCCAGAGCGUCUGGGAAGAAUCCCCAGGUCCUUGGUUCUGGGAGAGAGUCUACAUCAGCAAGCAGCCAGGACGCCAAUUUUCAAGGCGGGUUGCGGAAAUCAGCCCCAACAAGCACGCUGUCGCCAGCGUCCAAGGGCGUCAGCUGUCAGCCAAAUCUGCCUCAAUCCCAGGGCGCUCCAGGAGAAAUUACGAAUGCGAAAGUGCUUGGAAAGCGCCCAGAAUUGGUUGCCUCGCCUUCCGGGAGAAAGGUUCCUACACGACAGGGCAUCAUAUUGGGUGAUUAUGAUGGGCGAUUAGGGAUGCAAAGGUCGCCGCCACGAUCCGUACCGCAGUCCAUGCAACCUACCGCGAGUGCUGGCAAUCCAGCUGGCACGAUCGAAACGAGCCGACGGAGGGGUGCGCAACAAGACAAACCGCGGGACUGCAAUGGGCAGGGUGAUGCGGCCAGCUCCAGUGCUGCACCCAAGAUGGCCCGGUCGAGAUCAAAUAACGAAUCAAAGCGGACGAGCUCCGGUGGUCUCAAAUCCUCGAGCGUCGUGGGGCUGUCGAAUAUUGCCGUUGCUGGAGGUUUUGACUUUGAGACCCCCAAAGCACGCCCUUCGAAGGAUGACUUGCCGCCCCUUGGAGCAGACCAACCUGACAUUCGAGCAUCAUCUCUCCUCGACUCGCGAUUAACACCGACGGAGCCUAGUCCAAACCCCCCACCACCACUGGGCCGAUCCAAAUCCCAGUUGACACUUGUGCUGGAGCGAGAAAAAGCGAAGAAUAAAAGAUAGGCCCGGAACUGGUCCUGGAAUGUCGACGCGGCACAUAUAGUCACACGGCUACCGGCUGCAAGGGCCCUUGGAGACCGAUCUCGACUGAUCUCCAACCGAGACUGCAUUGAUACUGGCGUUUGUUCAUACUCCUGAAGAUCAGAUUUUGAUCAGUCAUGGACGGGCGAGUCGCCCUGCCAUUUAUUUACACAAGGCGCAUUGUACAAUAUGUAUUCCAACAGGCAGACUUGGAAUAAGUCUGGCAUCAUAUCCCCCGGGGUUACUAGACUCGGUAAGCCUUCACAGGCAACAUGCAUUAUAGGGGAAUUCUGGCAAUGUAAUCAGAAUGAUGCCACCUCAUCUCAGCUUGAACAGUGCAAACGCAAACAGGAGGGUGAAGGGCCGGGAGAAAUCGACAGCAUGUACCUCUCUCUGUACGAGCACAUACCCGUCAAGCCAUGGUCAGCCUUGUGUAUGCCAGGGAGUUAUCUCUCUUGUUCACCAGCUGCCCCUUCAUCAGGUAUGAGAGAUGUGCUGGGACCCGAGAAGCGGUUGUUGGCUGCUAGCUACUGCUGCGUAUGAUGCUGUAACAAAGACCUCUCCGCGGACGGAGGAACGGUCAUCUUACCCCUUACUAGGCGGUAGAUAGAUGCAUUAACCCAGACGCGCCUCGGUCCAUAAUGGCGAGAGCUGGCCAAGCUAGGUGAGAGCAUACUGUUGUACCCCUUGCUCCCGCCCAGGUGCCGCCUCUCUCCCCCGGCCACAGGUCCCGUUGGGGGCAGGGGGCAGGGGGCUUGAGAAGGGUUCCAGUGUUGGUGACCGGCUGGUCGUCUUUGCAACGCCUAGUGUAUGUGAAGUACCUACACUGCAACUUACUAAGGAUGCCUCCCCCCACACACACGCACACACAACGAAAACCCGUUGUGGAUUUGUGUGUGUGUGUGUGUGUGUGUGUGUGUGUGUUGUUUAGAUGUGCAGGGUAUGUGCUUCAGCAGGGUGUCGUCGAAGGAUUCACGCCACCCAGGGAAGCGAAACCUUAAAGGGCUUCCCUCACUGGGCCUGGGGCUCUUGGGAGGGUUGCAGUUGGCACUGGGGAGCUUGGUGAGCAUGGGUGUUGUGGAGGUUGCACGUGGGAUGGUGCAACUUGGUGGAGGGCAGGCCGGGGAGGGGACGGAACGGAUGUUUGACCACCACCACCACCACCAACCCCCACUCCUUAUUACCCAGGUACUUAAGUACUUAGACAGCAGCCCCGGCAGGGUGGCUGCUGCCAGCUGGGCUGGACACCCCCACGUCCUGGGGCGGACAAGUUUGUUGGAGGGGUUGGGACUUGGGGAGUUCCCCCACGCUUAUGUUAUGUCACCUACUUAAGUACACAGUGCACCGAAGUCCUCCGUCGGCCGAUACUCCCUCUAUACAAGUGCUCUCCACUGGUGUGGGAUGUUUGGAUUUGUUAUCUUCUUUGUUGUCCUUUGGUUGAGAUCAAGUAAGAUCUCUGAGCCUCGAAACUCCCUACGAACACAUGGUUUCUACAUUGUCAAUUUAACCGCUCUCUGGAACAGAGAUACGGCUACAACUGCAAGUUGCUUUUGUGGCUUGUCAACCUUCGCGGGCAUUGGCUGCCGCUGUUUACAGUCCCAAGCUUUCCGUGAUUCUUUCCAGCUUUCAUAAAAACAGUCUUUUGAAUAGAUUGAUCAAUGAGUUCUACGAUCAAGACAUUCAGAACUGUCUCUUUUCAUUUGUCAGUAGUCAUUUUCUGUUGUCUAGGACAAUGGUCCUCCUUCACAUGCCUAUAAUGUUGUGUAUGUAACCAGACAGACAUAUUGCGGGCCAUUUCAUCACCUCCAUAUACCA